AUGGAACACAAGGUGGAUUUCUUGAUGGAGCGCUACACAUCAGUAUGGCCAGACGUUCGCUCGCGAGUCAACGCCGCCACCAGCGAAUUGUUCAACGUGACUAGCGACGUGUACGAAUUCACAAGCCUACACGUCAUCGACAACACAGGACAAGCGAUCGCUACAGGACCGGGACCAGGACUUCCAGCCCCAUUUAGAGCCGCCGCCACAUACUUCAGAAUCGAGCUCCGAUUGGUCCCACGGCUCUGUUCCCUACGAACUGACAUUGGAAUCAACCCAACAAAGUUCCCGCCAUCUUCCAAUAGAGCUGUCUAUGUUCCAGUGCCAAGAGUCCAGAACCAGAUGGAUGUAUCCAUCACUCGCCAAAUGAUAAUGGGUCAAGCACAUCACAAGAAAAUCAUGGCAGAAAUGGCAGCACUAGGAGAAGAAUUCUCGAUGAGAGCCGCGACCAGAGACGGAGAACCCGAUAACGAAGCCUACGAAAAGUGGUCCAAGCAACAGAUUGCAAAGACCCAAUUCCAAGCGCUCGAACAAGCACUCACGGCCACCUACGUCGGACUACAACAAGGAAUGGAGACGCCAAACCAACAACUGGCAAAGCCCAACAUGAUCCAAUACGAAGGAGGUACGAUGAUGUACGACAGCGUGGCUACUUUAUUUGGCAGAAUUGCCACGAUUCUAAAUGGGUUCAACCACGAGAAUCCCCCACCAACCAACCUAUCAGACUUGGCAGGAGUAGCGUUCCAAGCCUUCACACAAGAAAUCAAGCACGUUGUGGCUGAAUACCUAGAGACGGGAGCAGCAGGACCACUACUUAUGGACUACCCCAGCAAUUUGUCUCGAAUGCACCGCCUACGCGAACAAGCAGAGAAAGAAGAGAAGGGCAUCAAGCAACUCAUGGGAAUUGCAAACAGCGCGGGACAAAUCAGACCCAACAGAAGCUACGUUCCGGGACGAUCCGCACCACCAAGACCAGGAGGAAGAGCCUUCGCGGGAUUCCACCGACCAGAAUUCCAAGGAUUCCAGGGAUUCCAAGGAUACCAAGGAUACCAAGCAUUCCAGGACGAUCGCUCCUUCCAAGCUCCAGAGAUCGAGACCGUGGGAACCUUCCACACCGCAAUGACGCCCCCUCCAACUAUGGCGGCAAAACAAAACGUUCAAGUCACCGACGGCCAAGGAAGACAAUUAGUGGUCCCAACAUCCGACAGCAAACUAUACUGCCCGGAAGCGGUUGUCAACAUGCUGACAUGCAUGAGUAUUAUGGAGGAACUCGGACAACAGCAGGAAGAAGAAAAUGGGUGGACAAUGCUCAGCCAAGCGGAAGAAGCACUGCAAAAGGCAAGCGGCAAGCCAUACCCAAUCUACUGUUGGGGAUGCAACGAGGAAGGCCACAACUUCAGAGACUGCCCACACAAAGAGGACCCCCAAGUCCAAGGAUACCAAGGAUUCCAGGACAAUCGCUCCUUCCAAGCUCCAGAGAUCGAGACCAUGGGAACCUUCCACACCGCAAUGACGCCCCCUCCAACUAUGGCGGCAAAACAAAACGUUCAAGUCACCGACGGCCAAGGAAGACAAUUAGUGGUCCCGACAUCCGGCAGCAAACUAUACUGCCCGGAAGCGGUUGUCAACAUGCUGUCGUGCAUGAGUAUUAUGGAGGAACUCGGACAACAGCAGGAAGAAGAAAAUGGGUGGACAAUGCUCAGCCAAGCGGAAGAAGCACUGCAAAAGGCAAGCGGCAAGCCAUACCCAAUCCACUGUUGGGGAUGCAACGAGGAAGGCCACAACUUCAGAGACUGCCCACACAAAGAGGACCCCCAAGUCCUAAAACGUUUCUAUGAAAAACUGGACCAGUGGAAGCAACAAAAGAACGAAGAACGCAAUCGAAAUAGAAAUAAUAAUUCCCAUUAUAGACGAGGAGGAUAUAUGACCCAAGCAAUCUGCGAUACAGUUCGAGCCAUUGAGGAUUCACAGACAGAAUUGGGGGAGAGGACAAACCUGUUGGUGAAUCUUGUCGAAGCGGUCACGGCCCACACUUCCACAUCAGCAGCAAGGAAAAGACCAAAACGAGCCGCAACCCAGCCGGCACUAUCAUUCGUCACCUUUGGAAGCUUUGCGGCCAUGGAACAAGCCCACCAGCUGAACUUCUCGGUCAAUGACAUGCUGGCAUUUUUGAACUUUCCCAUUGGUCUCAACGAAUCCAACACAGCCAAUUUGAAAGGACUCUACGACACCGGAGGAUGCUGCAACAUGGGCAAGAAAGACUACCACCUGGCCUGGGAAGAAAUGGCACUUCCCAAGCCACGCUUGGGGCCCAGGGCCUCCUUGAAGGCCUAG